AUGGCCCAACAAAACUUCUGUGAUCAGCUGAAUAUUUUCAAGGAUCAAGUUCUGCGUCACUGGGAAAAGAAACCUAUUCUUCUGCUGGAUAAUGCCCCAUGGGAAGAUCCCCAACCUUCAGAAGUUGAUAAACCAUGCUCUGAUAACCUUCCUCUUGUUAUUGUUCAAGACAAAGGCAAAGAGACUGAAGAAGCUACUGAGUCAGAAUCUGCUGCAGCUUAUUUUGAGAAGGUUGCACCUUCUGGGGAUAUACCUUCUUCAUCUCUGGUUAUGCAAACUCUGGAGGAACUAAAGAAAGAAAUGUAG